UGCUUUUUUGUCAUUUGCAUUUUUAUUACUUCACAUUCUUUACUCCAUUUUUUUUCCUUGUCUUUUAUAGGAAGCUGAAUUUCAUUCAUUAAAAGAAGCUCUUUCUUUUGUAUCAUUAAUCGAUGGAUAUUAUAGAUUAACAGCGGAUGCCCAUCAUUACCUUUGUAAAGAAGUGGCACCUCCUUCAAUUCUUGAAAAUAUCCAGAGCAAUUGCCAUGGGCCAAUUUCCAUGGACUUUGCAAUCAGUAAGCUGAAAAAGGCUGGCAAUCAAACUGGCUAUUAUGUUCUCCGUUGCAGUCCAACAGAGUUUAAUAAAUACUUUCUUACCUUUGCUAUGCAGCAAGACAGCAUAAUUGAUUAUAAACAUUGCUUGAUAACAAAAAAUGAAAAUGGAGAAUAUAAUCUCACCGGAACUAGAAAAAGUUUUACCAACCUUGUGGAUUUGUUGAAUUGUUACCGUACAGAAACCGUCCGAUCGGACAGUAUGGUUUUCCAGUUUACCAGAUGCUGCCCUCCAAAGCCAAAAGAUAAGUCCAACCUUCUUAUCUUCAGGAGCAAUGGAGAUUCUGAUAUGCCAACAUCACCUACUUUGCAGAGACAUAAUAAUAUCAAUCAGAUGGUUUUUCACAAAAUUCGGAAUGAAGAUCUUAUCUUUAAUGAAAGCCUUGGACAGGGCACCUUCACUAAAAUUUUCAAAGGAGUAAGGAAAGAAGUGGGAGACUAUGGUAAAUUAUAUCAGACUGAAGUCUUGCUGAAAGUUCUAGAUAAAACACACAGACACUACUCCGAGUCUUUCUUUGAAGCAGCAAGCAUGAUGAGUCAACUUUCUUACAAACAUUUAGUAUUAAAUUAUGGAGUUUGUGUCUGUGGAGAAGAAAAUAUUCUGGUUCAGGAGUAUGUAAAAUUUGGAUCAUUGGAUACUUACUUGAAGAAAAAUAAAACUUCUAUAAAUAUCUUGUGGAAAUUAGAAGUUGCAAAACAGUUGGCAAUGGCAAUGCAUUUUUUGGAGGAUAAAAACCUCGUACACGGGAAUGUAUGCGCAAAAAAUAUCUUGCUUAUCAGAGAGGAAGAUAGGAAGUCUGGGAACCUUCCUUUUAUCAAACUUAGUGAUCCUGGUAUCAGCAUUACAGUUUUGCCAAAAGACAUUCUUCUGGAGAGGAUUCCAUGGGUGCCCCCAGAAUGCAUCGAAAGUCCCAAGCAGUUGAGCCAGGCGGCGGACAAGUGGAGUUUUGGGACAACUCUGUGGGAAAUCUGCAGCGGAGGAGACAAACCUCUCAAUGCACUGGAUUCUCAAAGGAAGCUACAAUUUUAUGAAGACCGGCAUCAGCUUCCUGCUCCCAAUUGGACAGAACUGGCAAAUCUGAUAAACAAUUGUAUGGAAUAUGAAGCAGAUUUCCGGCCCUCUUUCAGAGCAGUUAUACGGGAUCUGAACAGUUUAUUUACACCAGAUUAUGAAUUACUGACAGAAAAUGAUAUGUUACCAAAUAUGAGAAUUGGUGCUCUUGGAUUUUCGGAAGCUUUUGAAGGACAGGACCCAACUUACUUUGAGGAGAGACACCUCAAAUUCUUGCAGCAACUUGGCAAAGGUAAUUUUGGAAGUGUGGAAAUGUGUCGAUACGAUCCACUGCAGGAUAAUACAGGGGAGGUGGUAGCUGUGAAGAAACUGCAGCACAGCACGGAAGAAUACCUGCGAGAUUUUGAACGAGAAAUUGAAAUUCUCAAAUCUCUGCAACAUGACAACAUUGUCAAGUACAAAGGAGUGUGCUAUAGUGCAGGUCGGAGAAAUCUGAAGUUGAUAAUGGAAUAUUUACCCUAUGGAAGUUUACGGGAUUAUCUCCAGAAACACAAGGACAGGUUGGAUCAUAAGAAACUCCUACAGUAUGCUUCUCAGAUAUGUAAGGGCAUGGAGUAUCUGGGUUCAAAAAGAUAUGUACAUAGAGAUCUGGCAACACGAAAUAUCUUGGUGGAGAAUGAAAACAGAGUGAAAAUUGGAGACUUUGGCUUGACAAAAGUUUUGCCACAGGAUAAGGAAUAUUACAAAGUAAAGGAACCAGGAGAGAGUCCUAUAUUUUGGUAUGCUCUGGAAUCCUUGACAGACAAUAGGUUUUCUGUGGCCUCAGAUAUGUGGAGCUUUGGUGUGGUUUUGUAUGAACUCUUCACUUAUAUAGACAAGAAUAAAAGCCCUCCAGCGGAGUUCAUGCGCAUGAUUGGAAACGAUAAGCAAAACCAGAUGAUUGUGUUCCAUUUGAUAGAGCUUUUGAAGAAUAAUGGGAGGCUGCCAAGACCUGAUGGAUGCCCUGAUGAGGUUUAUACCAUCAUGUCAGAGUGCUGGAAUAAUCAUGCAAGUCAGCGGCCCUCUUUCAGAGAUCUUGCUUUGAGAGUGGAUGUCAUAAGGGAAGGCCUGGGUGGAUGAAAAUACUGAACUUGAUCCAAGGGGACAUGAAAACGUGCAGAGCAAAUGUACUUUGCUCCUUAAGCAGUUGCAGACUGUCGGCCUUCCCGUAGAUCUCCUUCCUAUCCUUGAAGGUGGAGACUUUGGGGAAAUCGUCCCAUCAGAACUUACAAACGGUGAAGAUCUCUGCUUUAGCUUCUUCAUGAGGAAUGCUACCCCAAUGCACCAAUGGAAAGCACCUUGAUAGAAAAAGGAGUUCCUUUUUAAAAAAAAGAGUAAAACAGCAGUCAGUAUUGCCUAAUACGGAUUUGCAGUUCAAAAUGUCAAGAAGAAAAGUCAAGGGAAGGUGGAGAGUUGGUCUACAGAAUUUUUCUUUUCUGAGUUGAAGAAAACUUUAGGCUGCAAUCUUAUAUCGUCUAUUCCAUGGGGUAUAUACCCUAUUGAUUUCUUGAGACUUAUUCUAAGAAAACAGAUAGAAUUCUACUCUUAAAACAGUAGAUUUCCUGCAGAAUGUAUACUAUUCAGCUUCAGCACAACUGUUAAAAGAAAAGCACAUUCCUAAAGGCAUCACUUUGAAGAGGAACAAAUGUUUGAAUUGAAGUUUAGCAAUGCCUACGGACGUCAUAUUCACACUGUGGUUCAAUCACUUAUAUUGAUUAGAAAAAAAUGAUUUCUAAUCUCUUUUUUUUAGUUUCCAUUUUAGUCCAUUUUGUUUCCUAAAAGUAGAUGAGAUUAAUUUGUUCAUUUUCUUAUUGUGUAUUUCUUGUGUAUGAUUAUGCAGUUCUUUUGAGAAUAUGCAUUCAACAUUAAAAGACAUGGUAGAGAGCAAAGAACUCUCAAGAUAAGAGAAAAUAUCACAACUGGUUCUUGGAGUUGCCUCUAUAUCAUGGAAGAUCCCCAGACUUUCAAUGUGGAAUCCAAAAAAGGAAACUUUUGCAGAAUGCAGAAGACAUCUCUAUCCUGCCUGAAUUCGUAAAGCAAUUCUGAGUGCCUGUGGAUUACAUUCCAAAAAGCCCCCGGGAAUUCCUGUUUGCCUUUUUUAUAGGAAAGAAAAUGGUUCCGCGUGCUUUUUCAUGGCUUACACAAGGGCUUAUAUUUUUUUCUUUAAUGCUAGUUUAGCUGGUUUUUACCAUGUCGAGGUGUUAUGGCUCCAGUGAAGAGGACAAAUCAGAGGUUUAGUACUUGAUUGAGCAACUAUAUGCUUGUCUGAGCCAGUGGCGAGUCGGCAAAAGAAGCAGAUAUGCCUGUUGAGACAGUAUAAUGCACUGUGUGUGUGUAUAUAUAUAUAUAUAUAUAUAUAUGUAGGUAAGGGAACAGAUAAGUAUUUUUUUAAAGAAAACUUGUUAAAAUUGCCUUUUUAAAUAAGCAUAUAGUCGUCUAUUUUCCUACCUUUGUGGAUUUUAAAGCUUAACUAUGUCUCCUAAAGGUGCAAAGGAACCGUGGAACCGUAUUGUAGCAGCCUAAUCCUUGUUAGUCUUGUUAUUUUCUUAACUUUUAUAGGAUGAUUCAUUCACCUGAAAAAGAAGAAUGUCUCUGAUGUUACCAGGAUAAUCAUGGCGCAUCUUUUCUUGGGUUAUUGGAUCAUUUGGCUGUAUGUGACUUCAGCCGUGUAAUAGGAAUUGGUUGCGAUUACACUGCCUACAUUGUGAAAUAAGGGUUAGUCACUGCAGAUUUAUGCUUGUCAGUAUCAGUGGCACAACUUAAUGUUUGCAAAAUAGUAAGCUGUUUCUGGCACUCUUGUGCUUUCAAACUCUAUGUUAACUUAAGGAUUGGCCAAAAAAUUCAGAGGAAAGCAAGUGAAUUGAAUACCUUUUCCCAUAGUUUGACCGCCAAGUCUUGCUUUUGAAAUGUAAAGUUUAUUUUAAGCGAAUUUGAACUCAAUUAAAUUCCCAAUAUCAGAUGAGUAAGUUUGAUCAAAGAAGCAGUGGUUCUUUGCUACAGAAGCCAAAUUAAAACUUGAAAUGCAUUUAUAGCAAAAUGCAGGGUAGGUGGCCAUAUUCUAUAAGCCUCUAUAGUCAGUUUACUUACCUACCUACCUCAAGCAUAGAAGAAAGUACAGCAAUGUGAAUCUUGUAUGGGAUUAAAUAAGUACCUCAAAAUGCAGAUGUCCAGCUUGUGAGUGCCAGUUUAAAAUUGUUUGUGCCGCUAUGAGCACUGGCAUGUAUAUGUCAACCCCUUUAUGAGAGAAGCCAUUCCAGUAUCUAAUUUGCUCAGGUAAAACCUUAAUUUUAUUUUAAAGAGUAGGAAAUUAUGUUAAGCAACAAAGGGGCAGGGAGGUUGAAAUUGUAAAUAGUUACAUUUUGUAAAACACCUGUUAUCCUGUUAUUGAUGGCUGGGUUUUUUUCCCAAUAGCAUUUUAAGAGACAGUUUGACUGUAUAUUUUUAAUGGCUUUGGGUGAUAUGUUGCACAUUUGUACAUGGAUAUAAAAUUUAUUGUACAGAAACUGCAUUUUGGUUUUGUAGAAUAUUGUGGUAAAUGCUUGAUGGUGGGAUUCCCCCGUUAACCAAAUUAUUGUAGCAUCAGAUUGAAAGUGACAAGAGGCAUCAGGCUCAACAUCAGUCUGUUUUUGAACUGCAUUCAACUGAUCAAGGAUUUCAUAUUCCAUACAAAGGAAGAAAACUCAGGGAAUUUUGUGUAAUGCAAAGAAAAGUUCUUCCAUCAUUAUUUUUUUCAAGUGAUUUUUUUUAUCUAAUAGAAUUGAAAUAUUCUACUUUCCUGAUAUAAAGCAUUUCAAAUAUUUAACAAAUUUUUGAAGUGCUUUGUUUGAAACCUAUUCAAAUUUGAAUUUCCAUUGUUGCAGCCAUAUAAAUGCUUGUACAAAGUAAAACUUUUGAGCUUAGACUUUUUAAAUGAACAUGAUAGGAUUGUGCUGUCAAAAAUAAAGCAUUGUCCAGAUUUCUUUUUCAUUUUAUUUAAUUCACUUUGGCUCUGUUUAAAUGGAAAUUCAAGCAGAUUCUCUUCUUUUGGCACAAAUAUUUCCACAUAUUCAAGGAAGUUUCUGGGUACAGUCUUUCAGGCUGGAUUGGAGAUGACUUCCGAUUCAAUAUUUUAAAAGACACGAGGCUUUCAAGAGAGGAGGGUUCUCAAAAAAUUGUCUUUACUGAGCUCUUGCACCUGUCUGGCUCCUGUCCUUUUGCAUGAGAUCUUUGAUUUCAUUUGUGCUUUCAGAUUAAUAUUGGCUGUUCACAUAAUUCAAAAACUAUAAUAACCAGUCAGUCAAAUAAAAAAAAUCUGUAAUUCUGUGAUAACAGUUUUGUACAUAUCAUUUAAACAUUACAUUAUUAUACCAUUUGUGUAUCAAUGGUGUUCUCAGUUAUUUUCCUAUUCCACUGUAAGAAGAGAACUGUGUUAGUCUAUGAUAGCCAAAAAUUAGGAGGAAUCCAGUACCACCUUUCAGAUUACCAGAUUUUAUUUAAAAGUUUGGCUUCUUUGAGCUACAGCUCACUCCAUGCUUCGGAUGAAGUGAGCUGUAGCCUACAAAAGCAAACGUGUUUUAAUAAAGUGUGUUAAUAUAAAAGGGUACUACAAAUCUUCUGUUUUUUCCCCUUUCCCAGAGCGCUAUUCACUUUAUCAUAAUGGUUUACCAUGAUACCAAUAAUUGCUGUGACUUGCUUUAGGAAAAAAAAAUGCUGCACAGAUAAGACUGCUCCAUUGAGUAAAGUGAUAAUACAGCUACUGCUUUUUAGAACUUUUUUUAAUCUAUACUAUUUUAUAUAAAUAGAUUGCAUUUUGUAAAAUACUUCUAUAUUUUUAUUUGCUAAUUGGUCUGUGGUCCAGUAUGAUAGAAUUCAGAAUAAUUCGCUUUAAAUGUUUACUAAGAGAGUAUUAAAUAUUUUUCAAAAUUGUA